AUGAUUUGCUAUGUGAGAGUAGUUAAAAUACUAAAAACACAAUCAAUCAAUAUAGCUGUAUUUUAAUUAAAAAUAGGAAAAAGCAAUAAGUUAGUCAAGGUGAUUAGUUAGCCUUGUUAAUCGAGUUUAUUUAUUAUUGUAAUUAUACUUUUUGGUCUGUGGCUUUGGUAGCUUUCAUCAUAAAAUAAAUUAUUGAUAAAAUUAGAAAAUGUAUCAGAUAAUUAAAAAUUAGUGAAAGUGAUCAUUAAGAAAUCAAUUAAACAAAGCAGAGAAGAACAAAAAAAAUAAUAAGUAAUCAUUAAAAAUAUUAGAAACAAUUAUAAAAACAAAAACUAAGAGAUACUGAUAGAAUUAAUUAAUUAAUUUAAAUAGUUAGAGAAUUUUACUUACUUACUUUCAGAAGGUAUGGACAAACCCAAGGACACAUUGGGAUUGCUGUAGGACGAACAUCAAAAGGAAAAUAUUAAUUCUAAUUAUAAAUUUGGAAAUCGAAGCGGUUUCAUGAGUCAGUAGGAUAAUCCCAGAUCUAUCCUUUCUUAAUCAUCUGUGAAUGCUCCCAAUAUUUUAUAGCCAAAUUAACAAUCUCAGAAUUAGUAUAAAUCAAACACCUAAGCAAGGGAAAAUAUUUAUAGAUAAAGCAUUGACUUAAAGAAUAGCUAAGUUUUACCUUAACUUAAAGAUAGAGCAAUAAGUUAAAAAGAAAGAAAAUCUGCUAGUUAGGAAAAAGAAAGUUAGUUAAAAUAGCACCAAGUUAGAAAUAUCAUGAUAAACAAAGACUUAAAUUAGUUUUAAAAUGAAUAAAGAAGAUAAUCAUCUAUUUAACAAAUGCAAGCAAAGCAUAUGGAGAGUGGCCAAUAAUUUAACAACAACAAUUUGUAAACACCUAGAAGUAGAGAAGAGAACAGUGCUACCACAAAGGAUAGUCUUGUCAACUACCUAUCAAGUUAAAAAAAACUUUAAAAAAUACAAACUAGUCCUUCUGAUAAAGCAGUAAAUCAGUUAAAUAGUCAAUUCCAGAGCCUAAACGAUUUCAAAGAUAAUAUUGAAGAAGGAAGAAAUUAGACUCAAAUUUUCAACCAAUCUAACAAAAAGUUGAGCUAGCCAAAUUCUUUUAAUAUAAAAAAAGACUUAAUUAAUGAAGAUAAGUUCGUUAAUAUUGAUGUUUCUCUAAACACACUUACUUAGUAGUAGAAAACAAAAAAUAUUUACAGUAGAGCACAAACAGCAUAGGAAAAUUAAUUUACUGAUAAGGGAAUAAAAAGAGACUCCUAAACUAUUGAUGUAGAAAGUCUAGAAACUGCACCAAAUAUAAAUGUUGGAUUAAUACAGGAUUAAAAAUUAAUCCUUAACCAUUUAAAAAAAUAAAAUUAAAAUUCUAAUCAAACUGAGAAGCCCUUGCAACACAACUAGAAUUAGAAUAAAGAUUAUGAUGGAGCAAAUAUCACAUUUUAUCCAAAAUAAUCCUCUAAAAAAAAUGUUAAUAAAAUAUCCACAAAUGACCAAAACGAAAUCUAAUAAGAAGCACAAUAUUAAAUGCAGCAACAAUUAAUAAAGAAAAAGAGCUCUUCUGACAAUAAUAAUGAAAGUUAGAAUGAUGCUAAGAUUAGAUUAAACGACUGUGUAGGUUAAUACAAUAUUAGCUAAUCUAAUCAAAAAAAUACAAUAACCUCCUAAAAGGUAGAGGAUAUAUCUAGAAGAGCUAGCUGCUAAAAUCAGUAAAUAAAUCUAAAAAAUCCACAAUCCUAAUAUUAAUAAAAAAAUCAAAUGAUUUAUACUAAUUAAGUAGAAGUUUACCAAUAGCAAACAGAACCAAAUGCUAUUCAAACUUAACCUGAUUUUUCUUUUAGCAAUCAAUACAAUAAUAGCAAGUAGUAUAUUCUAAGUGAAGGAUAGUAAUUUGAAUAAAUUGAACAAAUUCCUAAAAACUAAAUGAAAUUUCAUAACUUAUACCAAAAGAAUAUAUCUCACUCUAAGAAUAACUCCUUAUCUUAAGGUUUACCCAAUACUGGAGUUAAUAAUUUAGGUACAGGAAUACACUUUCUAGAGUAAUCAAGUAAUAAUUAAUAAAGUUAAAAGAAUUAUAAUCGCCAAAAUCAACUUAAAAACUCAUAAUUAUCAUAAUAAAGAGCUUCGAACUAUGUAGGCUAAAUUAAAAGAUAGCUAAACUAGCAGUGUUAGUAACAAAUCGAUGUUCCUUAUCCUAUACCUUAAGGUCAUCAUAGAAGUAAUAGCCAUCACUUAGAUACUAGAAUUGCUAAACCUAAUUCUUUUUUGAUGACAAAUUAAUUUGAAGGUUAAUUUAAAGAUUGCUUGUAAAAGGAAUUAAAGAGCAUCAAAGGAAAUAAUGAUAGAUGCAAUUUAAGCUUUGAUUAGAGAAAUGAUGAUUUUAUCUCUAAUUAAUAUUACUCUGAUAAUAAACAGAGAAAUUUAAGCACAAAUUAGAAUGACUUAUUAGUAUUAAAGUAAAAAGGCAAGAGAAAUGAAUCUCUUGAUAUUUUAGAGACUAGUACAUAAAAUAAUGGUGUUAAUAAUGCAGAUAGGUUUCGCUUUACUUAAAUUAAAAAUAACUAAAACUCUAAAAAUAUUGCAUCAAUUCAAUGCACAACUGCUCUUAAAAGUGAUAAAUAAAUGUUAAAUUAAUAGAUUAAUUAGAUAUAAUAAACAUUCGCAGCUAGUUUAACUUAGAAUAAUAACUAGCUUUCUAGUAUAAACUAAGUAAAAAAACUUAGUGACAUUUGUCUUCCUUCUCUUGAUUAACAAAAUAAAUCAAGAAACGAAAGCUUGAAUAAUAAUUAAUCUAAAAAAAUAACAUUAAGUUCAUUAAAAAUACAACCCAACAGCUAAUUAAAUCAGAAUUCACAACCUAUUUAACUAUGUAUCGAUAAAUUCACUUUUAAUACCUAAAAGAAUGUCAUAAAACCAAGCAAUAAAAAUUAUUAAAACUAAAAUCUCAACUUUACUGAAAACAAAGCUGGUUAGUUUGGAUACACUUUAAAUGCAAAUUAAAUAAGACAAACAAUCUUAGAAAAUAACAUCUAACAAAAUGAGCCAUCCUCACAAAUUCUUAAAAAGAGUCUUUUAAGCAAAAACAAUGAAACAAACGCUCAAGAAAAGCCUUCAAACAAUGAAUCAGAUUAAGCUGAUUAAGCAAAUAACUAAAUUCUUGAAGAGACAGGUAGAUUUGGUUAAGAACAAAUAACUGAAAAUUAAAAGAAAAAUAAUUAAAAGCAAUUGAUGAUAAGUUUAAAUGACAAUAUUAACAAUAUUAAUGUAUGUACCUAAUUAAAAUAUUAAAAGAACGACUUAAUGUCACAAUUUCCAAAUAAAAAUAAUAAUCAACGUCCAUUAAGAAAUUCUUUGGAAGGCGUUUAAAUUGACUAAAAUUAAUAAAAAUAAAUAAAUAAUAUACAAUUAUACAACAACUCAGGAUUACUAUCAACUGAUGGGCCUGAUAUGUUAUCAAGUUAAAACCCUAAUUCUAUAAUUAACAUACCAGUUAUAACUACGAACUUCGGAUUGAAUAAUUCUUAAGGAAUAACUAAACCUAAUGCAGAUACUUUGAACUAAGGAACAUUGUUAAUUCAUUAUAACUUUCCUUUAGCUGAGGUUAUGCAGUAUAGAUCUAAAUAUUAAAAACACUAAUAAAAAUAAAUAUCUGAUAUUUAAAAUAAUUACAUUAACUAUGCUUAAAAGAAAGUCUCUUCUGCUAUUUCAUGUAAGAGAAAUGAAGAUUUCUACAGCUAAUUUGAUGGAACUGGAAAUGAUAUAUUAGAUAAAUAGCAAAGAGCAAGAUCAAGCAACAACAGGUUUCCUAGAGAAAUAUUCACUCCAAAUGUAUAAAAAGCAAAAAGGCUUAAUAGUUAGAACAAAUAAAAUUUAAAUUUCAACAACUGUAUUAAUAAUUAAGAACAACAAAAUGAAUUCAUUUAACAGUGA